CCUACCCCUCUUUGCGGAGGCCCUGUACGAGCUCCCAAGCCUGCGCCCAGUGCAGGCUGUCUCGCCGGUGAAGGGGGUAUUGAUUGAAAAAGAACCGGCAGAGCGGGGAGACGCGGUGUUUGAUAUCCUCGGGCGACUGCUCCAAGGCGGCUCUAAAAGCGGGCGCGCCCGGCGAUCUUUGGCGCACGGCACAUCACCCAUCGCCCGCCAUGGCCCUGAACAUCACCACCAGCCUCGCUCUCCGCGCGCUGCGGUCCAAUGCUGCACGUGCGGGCGCGAGGGCCUGCAGAGCACCCAUCCGUUCGCCGCAGAGAGCGUUCCUGAGCUCCUUCUGGAGUAAGACGUCGACAGUGAAUUCCGCGCGGGCCAGCGCCGAGCAGGCCAGCGCCGCCGCGCCCCAGCAGGAGCACCUCGUCCACGAUGCCACCAAUGCAGGCCAGUUGGACGGCAAGCCCGCCAGACACGUCGCCGUGAACAUCGACGGCGACCCGCGCGUCUUCGACACGGUGUUCCUGCGCGAUAGUUGCGCCUGCCCGCAGUGCGUCGAUCCGGACAGCAGGCAGAAGGUCUUCCAGACCUCAGACAUCCCAGAAGACAUCGAGGGCAGCUGCCGGACAGUGAUCGACAAGCAGAAGGGAUGGAUGGUAGAGGUAGUGUGGAAGAAUGACGUGCCUGGCUACGGGCCUGAGCACCGCACGCGGCACUCGAUUGACUGGCUACGGCGAGCGCUCAACACCGAGCUGGAGCUUCGAGGAGGCGUGCGCCACGACGAGCGGGUGCUAUGGAACAACGAGAUAAUUACAAGGGACAAUAAGUGGGUGGACUACCAGGACUGGAUGGGAGAGGACGAAGUCUUGUUCCACGCGCUGAGCCAUCUCAACACGUACGGCCUGCUCUUCCUCAAGAACAUCCCCGACUCGGAAGAGUCGGUGGUCGAUAUCGCAGGCCGAAUCGGCACGCUCAAGGACACCUUCUACGGCCGCACCUGGGACGUCCGCUCAAAGCCCAAGGCCGAGAACAUUGCCUACACGCCGCAAUUCCUCGGCCUACACAUGGACCUCCUGUAUACAUCGAACCCGCCGCAUCUACAACUGCUCCACUCGUUGCGUGCGCGAACUCCAGGCGGCGAGUCCUUCUUCAGCGACUCAUUCUACGCCGCACACCAGCUCCACAACUCGUCCGCCUUCCACUUCCGCAGCUUGUGCACGUUCCCCGUAACCUAUCAUUACCACCACCCGACGCACCACUAUCACUACACGCGGCCCACCAUCGAGCUGUACCCGUACCCCAAGUACAGCGAGCCGACGAAUUUAGCCAUCCACCGCGUGAACUGGUCGCCGCCCUUCCAGGGUCCCUUCGAAGCCCGCAUCGGUGGAGAGAAUCAGACUACCAUGAGGAACUACCUCGCCGCUUCACAUGCCUUCGAGAAGGUCUUGAGUGCGGAGGAGAACAUGUAUGAGUAUAGAUUGAACGAGGGCGAGUGUGUGAUAUUUGAUAACAGGAGGGUGCUGCAUGCGAGAAGAGCGUUUGAUGCUACAAAGGGCGAGAGGUGGCUAAAGGGCGCUUAUGUGGACGAUGAUGUCUUCUUCUCUAAGCUGAGGGUGCUCGACGAACAAUUCACAGGAAAGUGGAUCGCCGAUGGUGUCAUUCGGCCUGCUGUGAAAUGAGGUCAGCAAGGGGUUGCAUCGGGCGGCGUCAGCAUGUUGAAACACGAUCUUGGGAAUGGUUGGAAAAGUUGCAUAGCGGAUAGCUUGAAACUGCAUUCGUGCUUUCGGAUCCAUGGUGCUAUCACCGAAGCGUCUCACACAAACACCUCCGCAAUGACUUUUAGCUCACACUAUCA